AUGCCUCCUCGCAAGUCCGACGUCCGGCCACCCACUCCUGUUGUCGCCGAGGAAGCAUCUCCUCCUCCAGCAAAAGCGGCGCAGGGACAGGAGAAGCAGGACAAGAAGGAUAAAGACAAGGAGAAGGAUAAGAACAAAACAGAGGAUCCAGUAACCAUUGAGGAUUUGAAUCUUCCAAAAUCCAUCAUCACAAGAUUGGCAAAGGGGAUUCUGCCCCCAAACACGCAGAUUCAAGGCAACGCAAUCUUGGCGCUGAGCAAGAGCGCCACCGUCUUUAUCAGCUAUCUGGCUUCACACGCCAACGAAAACACCGUCGCUGCAGGCAAAAAGACCAUUCUCCCGGCUGAUGUCUUCAAAGCAUUAGACGACACUGAGUUUUCUUUUCUGAAAGAGCCCCUUGAGGCUGAGUUUGCCAAAUUCAACGCCAUACAAACCGAAAAACGCACCUCUUACCGCCAAAAAGUCCGCGCCUCCAAGCACGGCCCCGGCGACGAUGCCGACAUGGCCGACACAACCAUCGCCUCAGAAGCCUCCGCCUCGUCCGGCCCGCGCGCUAAAAAGGCCCGCGUCGACCCUUCUGCCGGCGACGACGAGGAAGUCGACGCCAUUGUCAAUGACGAUGACGACGUGGACGACGAGGAUGAGGAUGAUCAUGAGGGUGACGAAGAGGCCCAGGACGACGAGGACGACGAAGAGGCUGCCGAUGAAAAUGACGAAGACGACGGUGGUGAGGGUGAGGCCAGCGGUGACGAGACGCAGGAUGCGCUGGAGGAGAGGAGGAGUAGAGAGGAGGAGGCGGAUGAGGCCCUGGAAGGCGAUGAGAGCGACUAG